CACUCACUCACUCUCAAGUCUCACCUCUUCUGCUCUUCCCACUCCAAAUUCUCUCUCCCCAAACCCAGCCAUGGACAGAGGAACCGCAAUUCUACUCGCAUUCAUCUGCCUCGUCGCCAGCGUCGGCGGCAUUUCCCCCUCCUCCGCCCCCGCCGCCUCCCCCACGGCCGCCAAGGUCUCCACCCCUCCCUCCGCCUCCCCCGUCGCCACUCCCCCUUCCAAGCCCACAACCCCCGCCCCCGUCGCCACUCCCCCAGUCUCCGCCCCACCAACCUCAACUCCCCCAGCCUCACCUCCCGUCGCCGCCGCCGCCCCGCCGCCGCAAGUCAGCUCACCACCAUCUCCAGCUCCCGUGAGCUCGCCGCCGGCAGCCACUCCCCCUGCCAAAUCGCCGCCGUCCCCCGCGCCGGUCGCCGCUUCCUCGCCGCCAACUGAAGCUCCGGUCGAGGCUCCGGUUGAGGCGCCAGCGCCUAGCAAGAAGAAAAGCAAGAAGCACGCCGCCCCUGCUCCGGCUCCUGAGCUUGCUGGACCUCCAGCGCCGCCGGUCGGAGCUCCCGGACCUUCCGAUGCCUUCGCCCCUGGCCCUGCUUCAGUUGGUGAUUUGAGUGGGGUGGAGAAAUUGAUGAGCGUGAAGAAGGUGUUGGCAAGUUUUGCAAUGGCCUCCGUGGUUGGGUGGAUGUUGUUCUAGAAACUUCAUUCUUUUUUUGUUUAUUUGCUAUUUUUAUUUAUAUCGACAGGGCCCAUCCACGUGCACAUUAUGAGCACCAUAAUUUAGCAUAUUUAUAUGUGAAUUAUAUAUGUCAGACAUGAUGGGGCUGUAUUGGAUUCUUUGUGCUUGGGUAGAGAUUUGAGAGCGAGAGACAGGCUUUUGUUCAUUUGUAUUGUUCAUUGCUUUACUUCUGUCAUGUGCUACUACUUUAUUAAGGCUCAUUAAUUUUAUUGAUUACUUAUUAUUUAUGAGUAA